UUUUUUUUUUUACGUUAUCGGUGAUCCACUCGGAACACCGUGGUCCCAAAAAAAAAAAAAAAAAAAAAAGAAGAAGAAGAAGCUGGACUGGCUGACUACUCAUGGAAACGGCGCUCGUCCAGCUAUGGAUUUUGCGUAGCGAAGUCACGCAUCUUUAAAGGCAACGCGAGGGUGACAUUGCAGUCUUCUCCCCACAUCGGUUAUUUCGUCGUCCGACACAAAAAGAAAAAAAAAAAAACAAAAAGAGUGAAAGUGGAGUAUUGUCCGUCGUACGUAUCAACGCAGUGGGAUUUCUACGUCUGGUCGGCGUUCCCCCCCACCCUUCCCGCGGUGACGGUUAUGGGUCGGAAGCGGUGUGUCGGUGCAGAUUGUUCCAAGAUGGCGGCCGGGUGCUGCGGGGUGAAGAAGCAGAAACUGUCGGGAUCGCCCGGGUCGGGGGGUCCCGGCGGGGUGGGGGCGGGAAGCGGGGUGGCAGGAACCGGACAUUGUGGCUCGGAGUUGGGGAUUGGCUCCUCCGCGACCGUUGCAGCAGGGGCGAACGUGAGCAGAGCCAACGGCCUGGGGGGACCCGGGGGUAACGUUAGCGGCGGCAGUAGUAGUAGUGGUAGCAGCGGCACAAACGCUCUGUCCCCAGCCCCGGCCGGUUACACUUCAUCCGGCCUCUCCCCGAAUCUCAGCUCGGGACCCGGUUCGGGAAGUGGAGGCAGAAAAAUGGUCGUCUCAGCGGAGAUGUGCUGCUUCUGUUUUGACGUGCUUUAUUGCCAUCUGUACGGAUACCAACCUCCGAGAACACCCAGGUUUACAAAUGAUCCCUACCCGCUGUUUGUCACAUGGAAAAUAGGCAGAGACAAGCGGUUGAGGGGUUGUAUAGGUACAUUUUCUGCCAUGAAUCUGCACUCAGGACUCAGGGAGUACACCCUUACCAGUGCCCUUAAAGACAGCCGCUUCCCCCCUAUGACAAGGGAUGAGCUGCCUCGCCUCUUCUGCUCAGUGUCUCUUCUCACCAACUUUGAAGACGUCGGUGAUUACCUUGACUGGGAGGUGGGUGUUCACGGUAUUAGGAUAGAGUUUUUCAAUGAAAAAGGAUCAAAGCGCACCGCCACCUACCUACCAGAGGUUGCAAAGGAGCAAGGUUGGGACCACAUUCAAACCAUAGAUUCCUUACUACGAAAGGGAGGUUACAAAGCUCCCAUCACAAAUGACUUCAGGAAGACCAUUAAGUUAACCAGGUACCGUAGCGAGAAGAUGACAAUGGGUUAUGCAGAGUACAUCGCCCACCGCCAGCAUCACCACUACCAGAAUGGCAUUGGGCACCCUCUACCACCCUACAACCAUUAUUCCUGACAGCGAGCCGCAUGACCAAUCAUUGGACCUCUCCGCGGACCUUUUCCCAGGAGAGCCCGCCCCCUCCUGGUCUAGCUAUUUCUACUACUGUACCAUUUUAUGAUGAUUGUUUCCGUUGCCAUGCUGGCCGUCUCCCAGACGUUGACAUGGCAACGGGUGGCAACGAAGCAUCAUUUGAUUAUGGCAAGAAAUCCACGUUUCUUCUUUUCUUUGCCUAUGGUUAAGUUUUUGCAGCAUAUGUAUACAUAUAUCUAUAACCCCCUUCAUUCAUAUGUUUUGAAAAAUCAAACAAAUACUAGAUUUUAUUAAUCUUAAGUAUGUUAAGCGAAACCUAAUCACGUUAUAUUCUGUGGAUGGAAGAAGGUCUCUUCUGGUGGAUUAGCCUUGCGCUUAUAUCGUUUAGGCUUUGCUACGAUUUUACAUUCACUAAGAAAAUUCCUUGUUUUUUUUUCCUCCUUCUUUUCUUUCUUACUAUUCAGACUUGUAUUCCAUGUAGCAAGGCAACUGCAGUUCACAAAGGCUGUGUCGUCUCUCCUCUGAUUCCUCUCAAAAAAAGAAAAAAAAACGAUUGAUUGUUGAGGUUGUUAGCCUUGUAAACUUGUAGUGUUGUAGUCGGAACUAUAUAUCGGGAUCUGUGUACUCCAAAGUAUAGAUUGUAGGAUUGUGACGCCCUUUAACCAGCCCUCGCUGGUAGUGUUUAUUGUUUGAGGUCACAGUCGUGUGUGUGUGUUUCUGUGUGUGGAUAUAGAUGCUGGUCUGCCACAAGAUAAAAAACCAGUAGAGUCAAUUAGAAAUUGGAUUUAACCUAAAGAUUCCCUACAGAGAUUUUGUUUUUUUUGGAAACUUUCUCCUGAGUAUUUGUAGUGUUUUGUGGUGGAACCUGUAAACCUUGAACUGCGUUUGUUUGGCUAGAGCUUACAGCUACGUUCCCUCUUUUUUUUUUUCGCUGAACUUUUUUUUGUUUAGAUUUAAGGUAACCGUGGAGGAAGCCAUUUCGUCUGCGCAGGUGAUUUGUUAAUUAUAUUUUAAAAUGGGCCACACGUGGGUCUGACCUCCCCGUAUUGGAGAGGGGGAGCAGGCGUAUCUGCAGGUCCCGAGAAGAAGACAAAGAAAAAAAAAAAAAGUUAAGUGUGUGAACAAUACUUUGAUUUAAAUCUACUGUGUCUGUUGGUUUCUGAGUUAACUGGCAGGGAGUCACUUGACAGGGACAUGCUAUAACUACUUAAAGCCAUAUUCUCUUUUUAUUCCACACUUUGUAAGAGUCGUCGGUUGUUUGGCUUGAAGCGUUUGCGUUGGGUAACCUCUGAUCUUUUGGAUGUUUAACCUCUGAAUGCAACCUUACACCAGCCAGCUUCAGGCAGGGCUGCAUCACUGAAUACCAGUCGGACCGGGAGGUUUCAGUCAUUUGUCACGUCUCAUAUAUUGUCACCGUGGAAACAUUGUCUUGCCUUUUCAGAUUAUAGUUAACCAUUGUCACUCAUCCACAUAGUAUGAUGUAUUAAAAAUUGUCAUUUUGAAUGAAGACACACCACUUGACGCACAAAGUAAUCUAAUAAACAUGUUUGUCAUUUAGAAGUGCAUGUCAUAGCUCUCUUUAGAGUCUCGAGCAGCUGCUGCGCUGCAGUGAGUCAGUUUUAGUUGUUGAAACCGCACUACCGCCGUUCUCUCCUCUGAUACUCUGCUGUUUGGUGAGAUCCCGUUGAUCUGUGUGUCCACGGCACAAGAAACGUUCCGAUCCGUGGUCUGUUUUGUCAGCUGUUUGGCAGUAGGUUCGAGCAAACACAGUCGCAUUAGUUAGAGCAGAAUCUCUGCAUGGGGCCGAGCGGCUUGCAGUUAAGGUCUACAAAUAAAAAAUAAAAAAAGCCAGGGCUUUGUAAGGACUUAAGAAGCCAUUUCCCAUCCAAAUAUUACUUGUUGUGAGUCACAUCCACACACACUAGGCUAGUUGGAUUUUGCGUUUUCCAGAAUGUUCUGAAUCGUUGUGGAUCAACGUAUCGAUCCGCUCGCUUUGGGGGUUUUAGUUUUGCGAACUGGAAUUUUUUGAGAGGUUCUUGUUACUUGACCAACAUCUGUCUUCGUAACAGCCUUUACUAACUGACAGGUUAUUUUUCUUUAUGCAAAACGUCAAGGGCUUUUGGCACUCCAUCCACAGUAACCCGAAAUGACCCAGAUUUAAGUUGUGUUGCCUUAAAUGAAUGAUUUAAUAAACGAUGGACCAGUAGAUGAUGCUCUGAGUGCUCCUGCCUCCCAUGGUUUGCUCUCUCCCAGCUCCAUCCUCACACCACAGUGAAGGAAAUGGCCUCGGAUAACGUUCCUCUCACUCGAAUGCUAUUACUGAUACUAUCUCUGACAUAUGGGGGCUCCUGUAUGCCUGCAGGCUCCUGUUUGCUCAAGUCUUACCCCGCUGCUGGUCUUCAAUUCUUUCAUUUUUGAAAGCCCCCCAACACACACACACACACACACACACUCUCAAACAUAGUCGGGCACUGUGGUGUUGUUUCCCUAAACGUUGAAACCAUGGGAAGACACUUUCAUGCCUCUUGUAAAAUGUAUGCAUUUAUGAUAAAUACACUACAUGGUCCGUUUCUAAGGGGGGAACAGUCAGGCACUCAUUUCCUGGUCCAUUUAAUACAGCACAACCUGAAUUUUUCUGCUGCAAAACCAAAUUGACCAUGCUCUUUUACAUAUAUGUCUUUGUAUACACAUGCAAUGUAUUUUGUUGCAUGUAUGUAUGAGUAUGAGACCUAUGGUUUUAUCCAUGAUAUGCUUGAUCUAUGGCUUAGACACUCUUAUUAACCAUUAAGAGAUUUAAAAGACAAAUAUGGUGCUAUCGGACCUCAUAUUGGGGUGGUCACAGCUCGUGACUGGUCAUGCGGACUCAUUGAUCAUAUCAUACUUAAAGAUGCUGCAUGUAAGAUUUGCUCUUGAGUGUAUUGCUGUGAAUUGAGUCACGGUGGCACAUUUUUUUUUUAAUACCGAAAAAAGGAUGUGACCGUCGCUGAGGGAGGAGAAAAAAAAACCACACACACACAAACAGUAGCCCCGUGAAUCUGUGCUUUUUAAGUUCAAUGUGGGUGAUUUGGGAUCAAUUCCCUAUGGGAAAAACAGACCGUUAUUCUUACACUUAUAAUGAAGAGUUAGAAGUCCCUGCAGUCAUAAUGGGGCUAUAGAAUGUACUGUCAGUGGUCGUUAUUACAAUUGAACAGCGAUAUAUUCAGAGAAAAUCCUACAUGUGUUACCUUUACUAUCCUUGAUAUAUGCAGAUCUGUUCAACAGGUGUUUUUUUUGUUUUUCCUACCAGUGCAAGUCAACACCCCUGCAGGUUUGAAAGGACAAGAAGUCACGCGUAGCCUCCCCCUCCUCCUCCCCGAUUGCUCCCCCUCCCUCCCACACUGUGGCCCGACCUCAUGGCCUAGUUUGUCAAGGUGUGAUGUGUCGUUCAGUAGAUGGUGGCAGUAGUAGUGGUCGUUGCCUCUCCUGGAAGAUGGGUCGCUGCUCUUUUUUUGUUUUGUUUUGUUUUGUUUUUCCUCCCGAGCACGUCCUCCCGUUUUCCUUCAGCUGCUGAAUCGUUUGACCUCUGUACAAGGCGAAGUUGUGGACUGGUGAAAAGGUCCCGUCGUCGUCGAGGCUCUCGCGGCCUCUCAAACUAUGUUGAAGGUAGUGGGACGCAGAGUUAAUGUUUUACAAAAGAGCGCGCAGAAACUAGUCCCGUUUCUGUACUGACUAACUGUUUUAAAGCAUCGAUACCUCAUGGGAUUUUUGUGGAACGACAUUAGUAGUUUGUUGUAGCAGAUUGUGUUUUGGUUCCAUACCAGGGUUAGAGUUCAGCCUCAGCAUUCCUUGCGUGGUCAUUCUCAUAUUUCGUGGAAUGCUCAAGCUCGUGUUACCUUCGUAUGUUCGACCGAACCAAAGAUGCCAGCGGCCAUGCCCAGAUGCUGCUCUACAGGCCUGGCUUCCUGUCCUUCCAAAAGACACCCCCCUGCAUUGACAAAAUGUUGUUUAUGUCUUUUAUUUUAUUAUUUUUUUUGUGCGAUUUCUCAACUGUCUUGACCUAUGAAGCAACCCGAUUUUUCAAUGAAUUUUUCAUUGUCUAUCUCUGAAGCCGUACAUGGCAUCAAGGAUGGUAAAAAAAAAAAUGGUUGCAAAUUGUUGUUACUUGUUUUGUUUAUUAUUAUUAUUAUUAUUAUUAUUAUUAUUAUUGUGACUAUUAUUUACAAAAAUGAAAAUCCCAUGGUGUGCCUCCUAGCUUUAUGGGUUUAUAAAUGUUUUUUUCCCUAAAGACCAGCAGUUAUACUUUGUAUAAAAGAUGGAUUUUUCCUUAUUUUUUAUGCCAUUAAAGAUGAAAAAAGCCUGUUUUCUUUACUCCGGACCCAGUAGCUGCACUGGUAUACAAUCGCACUGAUAGAUGAAUAAAAAAAAAUAAUAGAUAAAUGAAUUAAAAAAAAAUAAUAAAUGAAACAAUAAUAAUAAUAAUGACAAAUGAAAUAAGAACUACAAUAAACUUGUGUUUGAAAUUUUUAUUAAGAAAAAGAUUUUAAAAAAGAAAAUAAAAAAAAAAAAGAAAAUGACUGUUUUUGUACAUCAAAAUAAAUUCUUUUCAAAAGAAUAUUUUGGAUCUAGUUUCAAAAUUAUUUUAGUGGUUUUCUAUGUUCUGAAUUUUUGAGACACUGACUUCUAAGACGUGUCACUGUACAAAACGACUUCCUUCUGUUGCAGUGGCCUGAUGGGCUGGGAGGGUUGCCUGGUGUAACUCCUCAUACCAACUUUUAUUUCUUUUUUCCUUUAGAUUUUUUGGAUCUUUUUUUUUUCUGCUUUAGUAACUUGAAAAAAUGUUGAUGGAUAAUAUGAACUGGGAACUUCAAAUCCACCCCCCUGCCCUCCCCCUCCCUGUAGAGCUAGACCCCUUCCCUCCUUUCCUAUUGAAUUGCUGUUAGUGUGACGCGACUUGAAAUGGGCAUUUAUUCUGAUAGUAUGACUCGGAAAAGGAAAAAAAAUCACAAAAACAAAAACCAAGACAAAAAAAAAAAAAAUACAAACAAAAGAGAGAAAAAAAAAAAAGAAAUUUUAGAAAAAAAAAAAUUGCAAAAGAAAAAAAGUGUUGGGGAGGGUUGAGAGAAUAUAUAUAGAUGGGU